GGAAAGGGGGUCCGUUUAUUCAAUAUACCAAGGUCCAAGCAUCCAUUCGCCAGAAAUCGACGAAGGUUAUGGCUUCAAGCUAUAAAGAGGGCGGAUUGGGGCACGGAUGGUCCACAAGGAGACGAGAGUGUCUGUAGUGCCCAUUUCAUUUCUGGGGAGCCAUCGCUGGAGUAUGAUAGCCCAGAUUUUGUGCCCUCCAUAUUCCCUCAUAAUCGCAUCACCAGAGAUGGGACAGCAGCUGUUUUAAGGUUUGCACGAAAGGCGAGGCGCGAAGAUCGAGGUCCCCCUACUGAUGGACAGACAGAACCGACCGUUAUGACCUACCAUGAAUUGUCUGCAACAGAAGAGAUUGCAACCGAGCAGCCACCUGAAAAGCCACUGGAACAACAGUACAGAGAGUUGCUUCAGGAUUAUUCGGCACUGAAAGAAGAACUGGAGGCUGUGCGGGAGGAGAAUCGUCAGCUGAAGGACAAUCUCAAAAAAUCACAAUUUGGGUUUGAUGCCAUUUCACCUAGGGCUUUUUGUUUCUUUACUGGUCUUCGUUCAGUAGGGCUAUUUCUUUGGCUUUUAGCUAUUCUGAAAAGGAGUACCUCGAUCACACUUCGUGGCGGGUUAACCUGGGAAAAUAAUUUCCUAAUCGUAUUGAUGAAAAUUAGGCUGGGCCUAUUAAACAGGGACAUAGCGUACCGAUUUGGCACUUCCUUCACAACGGUUUCGCGCAUUUUAAGGGAGUGGAUACCUUUACUGUCAUCCACACUGAGACCUAUGAUUGUUUGGCCAAGUAAAGAGAAAAUAAGGGCCAAGUUACCCAGAGUCUUUAAACCAAAAUACAAGAACUGCAGGUGCAUCAUCGACUGCACAGAAAUAUUCAUUCAGCGAACAUUCAAUAUGACGGCAAGAUCGGAAACAUGGUCUAAUUAUAAGCACCAAAACACCAUGAAAUAUCUCAUCGGAAUUACACCUACAGGUUCAAUUUCAUUUCUUUCAGAUGGUUGGGGUGGUCGGGCCUCUGAUAAACUAAUCACUAUUGAUUCAGGGUUUUUAAAGAAAGUUGACCCAAAGGAUGAGAUACUGGCUGACAGGGGAUUCCUCAUCCGUGAGGAAUUGGCCAUGGUUGGGGCGACCCUCAGAAUCCCUAGUUUUACAAAGAGCAAGUCCCAAUUGUCUGGUAGAUGCGUUGACACAUCCCGGCAGCUGUCCCGCGUGCGAAUCCAUGUUGAACGCGUUAUUGGACAACUAAAACAGUUCCUCAUACUUAACACAGUCAUACCAAUUAGCCAGGUUGACCUUUUGGAUGACGUUAUUGUUAUUUGUGCAGCUCUCACUAACAAAAAGAGGUCUGUGGUUCCCCUGAAAAGAUGAAAUGUUUUGCUUGUAUAAAGACCCGAUUCACUGUGUCUGUAAUUCAUGAACACACUUUAAUUUUACAUUUUAAUAACUAUGUAGUUGAAUGUCACACAAUGAAAUGAACAAAUGAAAAUGAAAAUGAAAUGCAACGCAUUAACAAAUGAAAUGUUAGUUACAAAUGAUCCGUUGAAAAUGUUACCAUUGUCACUCUUUCUUGUGAAAUUAAUAAAUGUUUUUUUCAUUAA